CGCGCGUUUUUCUGAGUAUCGGCGGGAAUAAUAUUACGCUGAGUUUAUUUUCAGUUAGAAGCUCAGCAGAGAAAACCAUUAAAAUGGCUACCAUUGGUGAGAGUCCCCUCAAAAAAUCCCCAUUGAAGGAAUUCAACGGAAAUUGUUCGCCUAUGAAGAUAUCCCCAACAACUUCGCCAGCGAAGGAAUAUCCCAUAAAAAAGUCGCCAGCAAAGCGAAAAGCUAUGCAGGAUGACAUAGUUGUGAAUAAAGAUGAGAAACAGUAUUUGAAUCUUAUACAGGAGAUUUUAACGAAAGGAGAGCGUCGCAUGGACCGCACCCGAGUGGGUACGCUGUCCAUUUUCGGCAGUCAAAUGCGUUUUGAUAUGAGAGAGUCGUUCCCGUUGCUGACCACUAAACGUGUCUUCUUUCGCGCUGUUGCCGAGGAGCUACUCUGGUUUAUAGCCGGCAAGACGGACGCCAAGCUAUUACAGGCUAAGAACGUACGUAUCUGGGAUGCAAAUAGUACGCGCGAAUAUCUGGACCAGUGCGGCUUUAAGGAUCGUGCUGUCGGCGAUUUGGGACCCGUCUAUGGUUUUCAAUGGCGCCACUUUGGCGCACAAUAUGGCACCUGUGACGACGACUAUACAGGCAAGGGCAUCGAUCAGCUGCGUCAGGUGAUUGACACCAUACGCAACAAUCCAUCAGAUCGACGGAUUAUUAUGUCUGCCUGGAAUCCAAUUGAUAUACCAAAAAUGGCGCUGCCGCCUUGCCACUGCUUCGCCCAGUUCUAUGUGUCCCAGGAUCGUGGCGAGCUGUCCUGUCAGUUAUAUCAACGAAGCGCUGACAUGGGUUUGGGUGUGCCCUUUAACAUUGCCUCGUAUGCGUUGCUCACCUACAUGAUCGCUCAUGUGACUGGCCUCAAGCCGGGCGACUUUGUGCACACCAUGGGAGACACGCAUGUGUAUUUGAACCAUGUGGAUCCAUUGAAUGAGCAACUUAAACGCCAGCCGCGGCCCUUUCCGAAACUGCACUUUAAGCGCAAAGUCCAGGAUAUUGAAGAUUUUCGCUUUGAGGACAUCGAGGUGGUUGACUAUAACCCGCAUGGCAAAAUAUAUAUGGAAAUGGCGGUUUGACUUAAAUUUUUACAAUGCAAAUGUUAUAAUAAAAUUCAUACGAAUUCAAACUAAG